AUUUGACAUUAACCAUUUGGUUCUGACAACUAUGCAAAGGCACAGGCAGGCAUCUCUGCUCGCUCAUUCACGUCGUGGUCGCUUUUGGUUCACAGCGCCGGUGUCUGUUCUUCAUCUUCUCAUCCUUUCACCGUCCUCUGCUCGCCGGUCCCGUCGUCAUCCCGCCUCUAGUUGCUACUCGCUGUGAGUGUUAUGUUUGCGACACUCGAGGGAAGGCCAUCACAAGCUAAGUACCAAAGUAAGAAGCUUCAUUGCAAGCCAUUUUGCUAUUUCAAAUUCCAUCGCUUAAAUAAAGGACAUGAACCUGUUGUCAAGCUUCUUUAGACACCAAAACUCUCACCCUUUCACCCCUUUCCUCUUUCUCCAAAGAAGAUGGAAGAAACCAACGAUCUCUGCACAAACCCGUUUAGAAGACAGGGUUCGAGACACUCACCUCGAUAACCUUGUAUCCUGCAUGUCCAAGCUCAGACUCAUCCUUGGAAUCCACACCUUCAUGUCUUCCCGGAAGCGUGGAACCUUCGUUUCCCUGCAGCUCAUGUCCCGCUGGAGGAACAUCCUCGGACUCAACAUCCCUAUUGGCUCCUUCCUCCGCAAGUACCCACACAUUUUCGAGGUGUUCCUUCACCCCGUAAGGAAGAACCCGUGUUGCAGGGUCACAAGGAAGAUGAAGGAGCUGGUCCUAAUGGAACGUGUUGUUGUGAGGAACAAUGAGUUGGAGGUUGUGAAGAGGGUGAAGAAGCUUCUUAUGAUGUCAGUGAAUGGCACACUUCGUGUUCAUGCUUUGAGGAUGAUUAAAAGGGAACUUGGUUUGCCUGAUGAUUUCCGAGACUCAAUUUUGGGAAAGCAUAGUGAUGACUUCAGGUUGGUUGGCUUGGAGGUUGUGGAAUUGGUUUGUGAAAAUGGUGAAUUUGGGGUUGUUGCUGAAGUUGAGAAAUGGAGGGAAAAAGAAUACACUGAAAAAUGGUUGAGUGAGUUUGAGACAAAGUUUGCAUUCCCAAUUAAACUCCCAACAGGUUUCAAGAUUGAGAAAGGAUUUAGAGAGAGAUUGAAGAAUUGGCAGAGGCUUCCUUAUACUAAGCCUUAUGAGAGCAAAGAGGCCAUAAGGGUUAGAAACUCGGGCAGUAUUGAUCGGUAUGAGAAGAGAGCUGUUGCUGUUCUUCACGAGCUUUUGAGCAUGACUGUCGAGAAGAUGGUUCAUGUUGAUCAUUUGGUGCAUUUUCGUAGGGAUUUCGCAAUCGAGGUUAAUCUGCGCGAGUUGUUGCUGAAGCACCCUGGGAUAUUCUACAUAUCCACAAAGGGGAAAACUCAGACUGUUAUUCUUAGGGAGGUAUAUAGGAAGGGGAGUUUGAUUGAGCCUAAUCCUGUUUACACUGCUCGGAGGAACAUGUUGGAGCUUGUGUUGUUGCGGCAUAGGAAGACAAAACAAAUGGUAGAUUUUGAUGAAUCGAGUAAAGGGGGUAACAGUGUGGUAUGUAAAGCGAAUGAAGGAGUUAAAAGAGAAGGAGAUUGGGUGAUUCCGUUCUUGGAGAGUUGUGAGGAGAAGAGGUCAUUUUGAUAUUAUGGACUAUGGAGAAGGUUGCAGAGGCUAUGUAAGAGAAUUUUUUGCAUGAUUAGUGAUUUCAUGAUUAAUGGACCAAAAUCAUUCAGGUGUGGAUAAGGAGGUAGUUUCUUGCUGCAAAAUGUUGACUGCCCCUAGUGGAAAAAGGUGGUUGCUGCUGCUGCUGCUGAGCAAUGUCCUUAUGGGACACUGGGAAGAAACAACUUACUAUCAUGAAUGCUUGGUCAAGGAGCCGACCCUUCUUGCCUGAAGGCAUGCUGCCACUUUGCUGUUGCUGUUGUUUUGGAAAUGCUGAGAAUUGCAGUAAAAGGCACAUGAAACGACUGCAAUUGCCGCCGUGAUGCGACUACAUAAAGCACUGCAAUGCCAUACAGUUAAAGUUCAGUUCAGUUCAGUUACAAGACAGGUGAAUUCUCACAUUAAGUAGAGUAAUAGUGCUUCAUGAUAAAAAGUUUUAUGAUUUGACCAAUGAGAGUGGCAACUUGGUGUAAAUUUGACCAAUUCAAAAAUAAUACCCCGCGUCACUUUUUCAUUUUCUUCUGAUGAAAUAUCAAAAUACCACUUCAUGAUA